CGUAACAGCGAGCUGUGCCUUUGCAGUCUGUGCUCGUCAGUCAGUCUUACGGACGCGCGAUUCACGUUUGACGCGCAAUUUCGAAUGUGUGGAUCGACUGAAAUUAUCGAUGAUUGUAUGUUUGAUGGUGAUACUUGACGAAAAAAUUCUAACUUAUAUGCGGUCAACUAGUGUCUCGUGGUGUGACGCUUUCUGGUAAGAUCAUAGUGGCAGGUUUCGCUAUGUCGCAAGUGCUUUGGCCGCAAGAGGCGCAGUGACGACUCGCCCGUGAGCCUGCCGACAUCCUCGACAGCCCUGCGAUGGAGUCGAUCAGAAAAUGGUUCUAUAGGCCUAAGAGGGACGACACGAGUUUGCUCGCACAAUUUUUCUACGCCGACGAAUCUUUGAACGCUGUUGCCUGCGAGUUGGACUCGUUCGACGGCCGCCAGGAACCGGAAAGAUGCACCACGCUGGUCAAUCAACUGCGCCAUUGCCAGGACAAGGUGUUGACGAUAUGCAGCCAGAUAAUGGACGAACUGAUACCGGAGAGCAGGGCGAACCGGGACUUUAGGGUGAAGUUUCCUGAUGACGUGAUGCAGGAGAAUCUUGCGGGCCAGCUGUGGUUCGGGGCGGAAUGCUUGGCGGCCGGAUCCUCGAUCAUGAACAGGGAGGCUGAAAGUUCAGCCAUGAGGCCGUUGGCGAGGGCUUUGACGAAGUCUUUGGACAUCGUCAGGAAUUUGCUCAGAGAGCACGCGCUGAAAGGUCACAUGAACCUGAAGUAUCUUUCUCAAACGCAAAAUCCAUUGGACCCGUCCCUGGAGAAGCUGAUCGAGUCGCUGAAAAUCUUCGAUCGGUUGUUCGCCGAUUUCGAGCUGUGUUACGUAGGCGUGAUGGUGCCGGUGAAAUCGACGAAGGAGUACGAGCAGCAGGAGCUCGUGUGCGUUUUAUUUUCGGAGACGCUGCAAAGAGCUCUCGAACGUGGAUUGCUCAGCCAAGCCGACGUGGAUAAUUACGAGCCAGCUCUGAUGUUUACUAUUCCACGUUUGGCGAUUGUUUCUGGCCUCUUGGCUCCGCCUGGAGGCCCUUUGUGCCUCAAUUCCCCUGACAACAUCAGCGAAGUGUUUAGACCUUUCAGGUCGCUUCUUCUAAAAAUAAGAGAGCUUCUAUGGACGUUGAACAAUCGCGAGCUCUACAUGCUGGAGAAACUGCUUUGCUCGAACGAGGAGCCGUCAGGCCCUAUCACGCAAUCAUCGAAAUCGUCCACGUGCCAGGAUAUCCCCGAUCUGGAGGAAUUUGUUCACAAUUUUUAUACCGGUUACCCGAACUGUAAAGACUUCAUUGUAGAUUUUUACACUGUGACGAAGAAUACAGGGAACAACAUGGAUGAGGUGGCGGACGAUGUGGUUCAAAUAUUAGAAAAGGAGAAUCGGUUGGUGGAGAGGAAUAGCGAUCAGGAGGAGGAGAGCCGCGAAAUGAUCGUGGAAACUGGGCCUAAUCGGUUAAACAUAUCCGUGAACGGGUACGAGGAGACUGUAAGGUGUAAUAGUAGCGCGAGGACAUCCAGUGAACGUGAUAGUGUUGGUGACGAAGUGCAGUAUCAUGUUAAAAAACCUUCUAGUUCAUCGAACACGAAUAGUCGGUUAUCUUGCGAUGAUAAUCCUUGCACGAGAAGAAUAGAAUGUAACGCGGCUCCUGUUUCCAUAGUGAAUUCCGUCACGGAACAAGUCGUUCCGGAGAGCAGUAUUUCGAACGUAAACGAGAAUAGAUGCGGCGAACAAUUGCACAAACAGCAAGAAGAAUUCAUCACCUCGGACAUAACCGAGAUAUUAGGUAGCUCGGAUAAUAUCGAAAUUCCUCAAACUCAGUAUCUACUGAAUCAGGUUUCACACGAGAACAACGUAACUGGUGAAACGGUCCACAUACAAAAUUCUUUGCCCGAUUUGGAUUCGAAAAAGCUCAUCUCUGAGGCGAAUAAAACGUUGUCGAAUCUGUUGCUAGAUGGAGAGUGUCAGAACGAGAUCUCUGAGCAGACUGAUUCGGGAAUUUGCACGGUGAUCUCGUCGGAGAAUACCAGUUUAUACGAUAAAAGUCCUGAAGAGAAGAAAACGUUCGCCAAUGAGAUUCAACAGGACGAGCAGGACUUGGGCGAAGAAGAUACGCAAGAGAACACUAGCUAUUCUUGUUCUAAUUUGAAUUCACCGAAAAGGAAGAGUUCGACGAUAUCCGAAAACUCUUGCGUUUGUAGUCUAAGAAGCGUGAAAACGGUUGCAUCAUUGGAUCACUCGAUCGAGGUGCAUAAUUUGCAUGCGGCCAACACGGAGGUCGCGAAGAACAUUCCACGGAUAUCGUCCAAUUUUGAUGGUACAAAUGAGGAAUUCGUUGGGGUCGCGUACGGGAAUGGGCAUAUUUCUGUUUGUGACUCGAACCAAUCCAGUUUUCAGAUCAACUAUUCCGAGAAUUGGGAGAACUUGAAUUUAAGCAUCGACGCGUCUACUUCGAGAAAAGAAUUCUGGAGUGACCUGAAAUGCGAGAACUGCCCCUCUACGUCGCAGAACAUGGAGAAAAUUGGUACAAAGAUCGAGCAAUACGCUCAGGAUAAGAUCACGACGUCGAGAAAGAUGAAGGACGAGAAACAAAAACGACGGCAUCAACGCAAGCACGAAAGAAAUGGACAAAAACUUUAUCAAGGAAUUCAAGAGAGUAGGAUACAAAAUUUCCAAAAUAUACGAUCAUCGGCAAGCACGGAACGUUCCAGAUCAAACUCGACAGAUCGUUGCUUAAAUCCUAGGUUGAUCAGUUAUGGGGCUAGUCUGCACCCCAGUCAGAAUACUAGAAAAAUGCCUAACUUUGGAAGCCAUAGUCCCCACGCCAGUCCAAGAUUACAACACUUUGAAACUCGUAGUACACCUGGAUCCGGACAGAGGAAAUGUAGUAUCAUCUCUAGACCUCAGCGAAAUUUGUCGCCGCAAAAUAGAAAACUUUUAGAUCAUAGACGGUCCAGGUCAGAACAAAUUAUUAGAAUGAAAAGAAGAGACUAUGAUAAAAGGGAUAAGUAUGAAAGAACUAAUCCUAGAUUGGAACAGACUAAAAGGAAAUUGGGAAACAGAAGUCCUAAUGAACUAAUGAAUGACGGUUUGGGACCAAGAACGGAUAAAAGCGGUUUGUCGAACGAGCCGAGCUCACCUAUCUUGACGCAAUCUGUAUCGUAUAUGCAAAAAGACAAUAACACGCAAAGAGCUACACGAUCCGUGAGACUGAUGAACGCAUCUACGGUUCAAGGAACACAAUCGAUCAACUCAGAUCAUAUGUUGGCUCAUAAACCAGAUGUUGGAUCUAGUUCGAGCUGUUCGAGUUGUUGUGAUUCAAGCUCAGAGACUAGUGAAUUUCAAAGUGAUUGCCAGGAUGACGAGGAAAUAGCAUUGGCAAUGCAAGCCGCUGAGAUUGCAAAUAAUUAUAAGAUUCGAGCAAAAUUUCGAUCGUCUGAGGAUCUUGUCCACCGUUUAUUUGUUUGUAUAGCUGGUGUAGCAGACCAGUUACAGACGAAUUUUGCGUCAGAUCUACGUAAUAUUUUAAAAUGUGUGUUCCUUAUGAAUAGUAGUCAAACUGUGGAAGAUGGUGAAAUGAAGGAUGAAAGUUCAGUAUCUGAAAAUCCUGUAAGUCCGUUAAACGAUACAGCUACCAAUCAUGACCGACAAGAUUUGUUACAAGAGUAUGAGGACGAUUUGGAAGAAACUACUACAACCACUGACCAUAACACAACAUCCUCUAUAACGGAACGUGGCGAAGAAUGUGUAGAAAGAGCACCAGCUUGGAUCCCGGACAACGAUGCGCCCCGUUGCAUGGCGUGUCAAGCUGGAUUCACGGUGGUAAGACGCAGACACCAUUGCAGAAAUUGCGGCAAGGUGUUCUGCGGCCGUUGCAGCAGCAAUAACGUUCCCCUCCCUCGUUAUGGUCAUACAAAACCUGUCAGGGUGUGCAACAGGUGUUUUCUCUAUCAAGUGACGCCGUUUACGGUGUCUUCAGUGACAUCAGCAAGCUGAACUUUAUUUGAACAAUAAGGAAACGCAAGAUAAUCUUAAAUAAUUAAAGGCGUUAAGGACUCUAUGGAAAUCAAUGAAAAAUGGGAAUAAUAAUCGUAGACUGAAGACGAAAAAAAAAAGAGCUAAAAUUGUUUAACUCUGCAUUAUAUCAAACAUUUGCCCAGCGAUAAUGAAAUAACAAUUUCUAAAUGUUUAAUAUUAAAUCAACGAUUGGACUAGCGAUAAGCGGGCCGUGAUUAUUUUAAAUAAUCAUUAUGAUAUUCUAUCAUGAAACUCUUUCGUUUGGAGAAAAGAUAAGUUUGUAUCGAUAUUUAUGGUGGAAGAAAUUAUAGCGAUAAAUGUCGAUGUAAAGAAUUUUGCAGAAAUUUCUGAAAAAUUUGCAAAUCAUAAAAUCUUACUUAAGUCCAUAUAUAGAUGUAUAUUAUGAACUUUUUGAAUUCCCACGAGAAAUAAAAGUACUUAGAAUAUUAGUAUAUUAUAUUUGUAUCAUUAUUUGUUGAUCAAAUAUAUAACAACCGCAUUUACAUUUCUUCCACUAUGAAUAUAUGUGUUUUCCGAAGAAAGGAAAAAAGAAAUUAUUGCUCCACUUCUUUCUUUAAAAAAAAGACAUUGGGUAUAAAUUUACUCGAGUCUGUCGACUAUUGGUGUAAAUACCGCAAACUUGCGAGCAAGCGUGCAAAAAAAAAAACGAACCAUAUAACGAUUGUGAAAAAAAGCGUUUCUGUUUUUUACCGGCAUUUGAAGCACAAACGCUGGCGAAUCGUGAUAUAAUAUAAACCGUUUAACAGUGGGUUAAUACGAAAGCUUUAAAGGACGAUAUUCAAUAGCAUCACACUGGAUGGCCUAUGAUCCGAUGAUUUUUCGAAGCAUAUAAUACAUAUGCAGCGGCAUCACUAGAUUCUGUGCCAAAUUUACGCGACAAUAAGUUUUCUUCUGAUUCAACGUGAUCCUCUCGUGCAAGUACAAGUUUCAGAAAAUCGAUACAGACUAUUGGAAGAAAUGGAAUCGUAAUUGAGUAAAUUAUUCUUACGAUAUCACGAAAAGGAAUUUAUCAGUAAUUUAUUUGUUAUAAAUACGAGAAUUAAUGGUUCAGAGACUGUUUCGAUUAAGAGAAAAAAUCGCCGCUUUUCGAUUGAGGACCGUUUUUGAAUGUGAUUUCGAUUUAAAAGACUGUUUUCGAUUGUAGACCAUUCCAGAUAUAUCGUGUAACAAAUCUAUGAUUCGCCGUAGUUGCUGCUGAGCCGAGCGAUUGUGCUUUUUGUAGUUGCGGAAGGGUUGGGCAGUAUGUUUGGUUGAUUACUAAGAAAUUGAUUUUGAAUUUAUCUCCUUCUUCGAACGUGAUUAUAGAAUAUAUUUUAAUGGAAUAGUUGAUCAAAUAAUUUUAUGAUAGGCUAUUAAAAAUGAAAAAAUUAUAAAAAUAGAAGUGUUUGCUUUUUUGAUUUUGAAAUUUAUUUUGUGUUCAUGUUUUAGGAUAUUUGAUAUUAUAAUUGAACUAUCAUUUAUUUCGUUUUAUAAAAAAAAAAAAACAUUAGAUAAGCAUUUUUUAAGGGUAAUGUGAAGAAUUUUACGUUCUUGUUGUACUAUUUGACGACUGAUAUAUUAAUUUCUUAUGACUGAUUUAUAAAUAAUUAAAAUGAAUAUUUGUAGAAACCGUGCCCAACUCUGUGUCGUAUAUCAAUUUCAUUGCGUGACUUUAUUCGAUUUGCGACAAAAAAGGUACGAAGACCACGUAUUAUAAUUACAAUUUCUCGCACAAUUAUUAUAUUCGAAAUUGAUUGAAUUUAGUUAUCUAAAAAUUUAUUUCUUAUUAUCUUGAUUAACGAAAGUAUGAUGUAACCUUAUGUACAAAUUCCUCUGUAACAUUAAUAUUUGGUAUAUCGAUAAACAAGGGUGGUGUCUUUGUAUGAGACACUUAUAUUAUAGUACAUACAUAAAGAUUUCAACAAAGAUGGAGGAAAUUAGAUAUAGAAAAGAUUACAAAUAAUUUGAAUAUAAAAAAUAUUUAAUGUUUUCGUAUGCAUCUCUUAUUACAUAUCUUUUUAAUUAAGAAUGACAUUUUGUUUAUAAGGAUAACAAUUAAUUUUUUAAUGUAUUUGGAUAUACUUAUAAAUAUUUUGAAAUGAAAUUAGAAGUUUUAUUUUCCAUCAUCUUUUAUAUUUAAUUUCCUCAUUGAAAUUUAUAUUUCAGAGUUAUUAUUAUUAUUACUAUUACAAUUACUAUUACUAUUAUUAUUAUUAUUAUUAUUAUUUUAUUAUUGUUACUGUUAUUAUGAGAUUAAACUAAUUGGCUGUAUUUUCUUUGUAAUUUUUUUUUAAUAUCAUUUUCUUUUUUUUUAAAUUCAAAUAUUUUAACGUGGGAUUUUUAUUAAAAAAAAAAAAGAAGAAGAAGAAACAAAAUGGCUCAGCUUGUUCGAUCGUAUAGAAUUAUUUAAGGAGUAUUAGGGUGUAAUGUAAUGCAACGAAAAGUAAUAAUUAUUCAGAGUAAUCAUUGAAUUCGAAUGAAUUAUUGUAUCAUAUGACGAUUAAAGCGAUUACUGCCAUUUUUAAUUGUCAAAUUAAUUAGAUUUAUGUAUAAAAAAUAAUCUUUCAUAAAUAAUCACAAAUAAUAAUUGAAUAUUUCAAAACUAUUCAUUUAAAAACUUAAACUGUACGUGAAGCUUUAAAAAAAUUAGCCAAAAAAAAAAUUUUAUAUUCCAUAGUAGUUAUAUAGUUCUAGUUUAAUCUACAUUUCCAUAGUUAAUUACAUUGAAUAAUAUAUAUAUUACUUAUAUUAAAAAAGUAGAUUCAAAUAACUUGAGAAUUUUUAUUAUUUUUUGAUACAUUAAUUUGAAAAUAAUUGAAUAUUUGAUUAUACAAAUAAUACAUAAUUAUACAGGGUAUAUCUAAAUAAAAAUAUUAGCUUAAAGCUUAGAAUAUUUUAUGAAUCUAUAAAAAAAAAUUUAACUUACUAAUAAAUUAUAAUUAAAAAAAAAAGAUGACAUCGUUUGUUUUUUAUUAAUAUAAAAUAUUUGAUUACAUUCGCACAGAAAAACAAAUUUCAUCUUUCAAUUUAUAUCACUUAUUAUUACCAAUUUAAAUGAAAAUUUAAAUAAAAAUUGGUUCAACUUGCCGAAUGGAAAUGGAAAGUUAUUAUUUUCAAAGCAAAAAACUAUAUCAAAUUAGAGUACAAAAUUAGACAUUUGCAUAUGAUUUUUAAACAACGACAUCAUCUUUAGCGGUAAAUUCAGUGAUUACUCUGAUUAUUCUUCAACUAGAAACUCGCAAUUUAUCGAUUUCACUUUCUUAACUAAUCGAUCAUAUCGAUCGUUCAAUGUCAUUUCCAAUCGAACUUUCAUCGUUAUCUUAUAACCUAUAAUUAUAAUUAUCGAGUGAUUGAUGUUAUAUGAGAAUUUAGCAGAAUCUGCAGUGUUGUUAAAUCCUUCAUGUAUGGAAUUAUAAAGAAAUUUGCAUUUUUUAUGAAUUUUACACUGUGAUUCAUUCAUAUAAUGCCUUUAUAAAUGCAAAUAUGAGGUUUGAAAUAUAAUAAAAUACAGGGUUAAUUUUUUUUUUAUGCUGUUCUAUCAUUUUUAACAGUGAAAUAAUUGUUUUUUGUUACAGAUUAAUUAUUAAUUAAUUAUUAGUUAUUACAAAUACAUUACUGUCUUACUUAAAUAGAUAUAUUGAUUUCAUUAUUUUUAUCGGCUACAAAUCGAUUAAAAAUUAUUCUUUUCAUUUUAAUUUUAUUUUUUUUAAAUAAUUUACUCUUUAUUCAGAUCAAAUGAUAUUAUUAUGUAACAAAAAUUUUGGAUGAAAGGAAUUUUGGAAAUGAAUUCUUAUAUGAUUAUUUAUUUGUUAAUACAUUAAAAAUUUAUUUAACAGAAAAUAAAUAAUAUAAUUUUUAAAUAAUUAAUUUAUAAAAUUAAAGAUAAAUUUUUUUCAUUAUUAGAAUAUAGUCAGUGUAUUCGAUUUUUUCUUCUACACUAAUCUUUAAUCUUUCAAUGCUCAAUAGCUUUUUUAGAUUUUCAGAAAGAAGUCAAUAUUAAUAUGUUGAUAUACCCUAAUUAUUCCAUUACUAUAUUGAUCUGAUAUAAUAUAUAUAAUAUAUAUUAUAUAUACAUACGUGUAUUUCACAGAGCUGAAUGUUAAAAAGCUUAAAAAAUUAAUUUGAGGAAAAACUAAUAAUAAGACGAUAUUUAAUUAAUUCAACUUGCAAAUGUUUCUGCAAUAAAUCAUAUUAACGCGUAAAUAUCACAAUAAAUAUCCUAACAGAGCAGUUAAAAAUGACGGAUCUUUUUGAUGAAAACAAAUAGUGAAACUAAAAAAAAUUAAAUUCAUUCAUACCAAAUAUUUAUACAGAUAAUCUUAAAGAUAUAUUAUUAGAUAUAAAUUGGCAUAAAUAUAUUAAAUAAAAAUUAUAAGUUAGUCAUUUUAACUGCUUUGAUAGUUAUUGUGUUAAUGAUCACAAGAGACUGUUACUGACAAGUUAAUGGCGAGGUAGAAAAUGUGCCUGUUUAAGCGUUGUGACGAUGGAAAAAUGAAGAGCACAUAGCGUUAUUUUGCGAUGUUAGAUUUCGAUAUUUCUUUGUGAUAAUAAUAUUAAAUGAGACAUAUUUGAAAAGGAGAUUUGUAUUUCUAAAACGUCCAAGGCAACCAAUGGGCAAGAUAAAAUUAUUACUAAUAAAGUAAAGUUUUAAAAUAUUAUAAAAUUUGAAAUUUAUACACAUGUCACAGAAAAUAUAUAAAAAACUGAUCCAAUUUGUUCAUUUUUCAACAAUAUUUGAAAGUAGUGCAAACACUUUCAAAGAUAUAUAUUUUUUAAACAAUUCAAUAUGCAUCACGGAUAUUGAAAUUUUUAUUUCUCAACGUUGGUUGUCGUUGAAAAAUUUAAAGUUUGUCGAGAAAACGCUUUGAAGUUUCUAAAUCUAUAAAUUAAAAGAAAAUGGCGUGUACAUCAAGUAUAUUUAUUUAAGAAGUGUAUUGAAAUUAAGAAGCAUGUUUUAAAUAUUAAUGCUUAAGGCGAGCAAAAUGCUUAUAAUAUUUUGUACGUGUAAUUAACGCGUUGCUAGAUUAUCAAGUGCUUUCGAUUUUCUAUAUUCUACGUAAUGAAAUGUCGAGCCGUAAACAAUUUGUCAGAUUUUUUCCAAAUAAAAGUAAAAGAAAGGAUUGUAAAAAGCAAUUAUAAAAUGUUUUUUAGGGUGAAAUUACAUUACGACCAUUAAAACGUGAUAGUUAAAAUUUUAGUGAAUAUGCUAUUUUUUCAAUAUAAGCGAAUUUUCAUAAUUAAUUUUGAACAUUAUUUUUUUAUUAAUCAAUAAUAUGACAAUUUAAAAAUAUGGAAAAAUGGAUUGGAAAGAAAGUGCAGUUAUAGAUUUAAUUCUUUGUAAAAUUCUAAAAAAUCUAAUUUCUUUUCUUAUUCUUAUUCUUCUUCAUAACGAUAUAAUAUUUAUAAUUGUUUACUUAAUUUAAUUACAUAAGUAGUUUUUAAAAUUUAUAUAAUUAUCACAUUACAAAUUUUAUGAUCAUCAUUAUGAAAGCUGGACAUGAAAAAGCUGUAUAAUAUAUGUAUAAUAAAAUUAUUAUGAUUUUUGAUACAAUUUUUCCAUUAUCUAAAUAUUUGUUUUAUUUUAAUUUAUUAAAAGUAAAAAAAUAAAUAAAAUGUUUUAUUGAUAUUUUAGAUGAUAUAUUGAUAAUAUAAACACAAUUUAUUGUAACAUAUAAACUCUUUUUUGUAUUCAGCUUUCAAAUUUUUUGUGAAUCAUUAAAUUAUAUCGAUUUUUAAUAAUUGCAAUUGGAGAGUAAGAAAGUUAAAUAGCAAAAAUUAAAAAAUAAAAGAUACAGAAGGAUUUUACAAUUUAGAUAAAAUUGUAAAAUCGCAAUAGUAAUAAUAAUAAUAACGAAUAAAACGAUACAAGACAUUCUUUUUUUUCAAAUUUAAUCAAAAUCAUAGAUCAAAUUGAAUUAAAAAAUAUAAUUAUAUAUAAUUCUAUGAAUUAUGAAUUAUAUAUAAUUCUGUGUAUUCGUAUGAAAGAUUUUCACACGAGAGAUGAACCGUAAAUAGAUUUACAAUUAUUCCUCCAGUUGUAUUUUUUUCCCUUUCACGCACGAAUGUUUAUUGUUCAGGAAUUCCCCUGUGCCUAAAUGUCACAGGCUGGCCUGUGCUUAAAUGGAUGAACAAACUUAAAUGAACAAACGAAAAAACGUAUUAAAAAGAAGAAGACAAAAAAAAAGAAUAAGAAAGGAACACUAGAAAAAAAUAACACCAGAAAGAAAAGAUAAAGAUGAUGAGCAAACGAAAGAUAUCAUGAUGAUAUUCUAUAAAAUAACGUAUCGUUUUGGGAUGCCAUAUUGAGAAAAAAAAAUCGCGAUAAACGUGAUCUGCCAAUUAGUUAGAAAAUUCCGACUACUGAGAAGAGAAGAGUGUACCUCAGAAUUAUUUUUAUAUAAUUUGCCCAAGCAUAUGUGUGUGUGUGUGUGUGUGUGUGUGUGUGUGUGUGUAUCGUCAACGUGGCUAAUGCUCAACUUGAAUUCUAUCAAGUUUUAUGGACAACUUUUUUUUUCAACGUUUUUACAUAAGUAAACAUCGUGAGUUAAUAAAUUUUGAUUCAAUUGAUUUUUGGUAUAUCGUGUAAAAAUGAAUAUAGAAAUAUUAUAAAUAUCA